GCUGCCGCACCAGCAAGCAGGCCCGGAGCGCACACUCCUGAGAAUCUGCAGAGGUGGGGGCUCCCAGUCACUGAGACCCCAGUUCCGCCCAGAAGGCUCAUGGAGCCCGGAGCACGCGGGGCCCUUUUCGCAAGGGCUAGCAGGUUCCUUCUGGACUUGUAGGGCGCCGCCCCAGGCUAGCUCGAUGGCGCAGGGUUUUGCGGUGGGCUUCGACCCACUGGGCCUCAGACAACUCAGCUCGGGCUCUCUGAGCUCCCUCUCCUCCCGCGGCCACCUGGGCAGCGACUCGGGCUCCGCAAUGCGAUACCUGCUGAAGAAGCAGCAGCGGCUGCUGAACGGGCCCCCCCGCGGAAUCCGAGCCUCCUCACCCAUGGGCCGCGUCAUCCUCAUCAACUCCCCCAUCGAAGCCAACAGUGAUGAAAGCGACAUCAUCCAUGCUGUCCGGGUGGAGAAGAGCCCAGCCGGGAGACUGGGUUUCAGUGUGCGGGGUGGCUCUGAGCAUGGCCUGGGCAUCUUCGUCAGCAAGGUGGAGGAGGGGAGCAGUGCAGAGCGGGCUGGCCUGUGCGUGGGGGACAAGAUCACGGAGGCGAAUGGGCUGAGCCUGGAGAGCACCACCAUGGGCAGUGCCGUGAAAGUGCUGACGGGCAGCAGCCGCCUGCACAUGAUGGUGAGGCGCAUGGGCCGCGUGCCGGGCAUCAAAUUCUCCAAGGAGAAGACCACGUGGGUGGAUGUGGUGAAUCGGCGGCUGGUAGUGGAGAAGUGUAGCUCGACGCCAUCCGACAGCGGCUCGGAGGACGGGGUGCGGCGCAUCGUCCACCUGUACACCACGUCAGAUGACUUCUGUCUGGGCUUCAACAUCCGCGGGGGCAAGGAGUUUGGCCUGGGCAUCUAUGUGUCCAAAGUGGAUCAUGGUGGGCUGGCUGAAGAGAAUGGCAUCAAGGUGGGGGACCAGGUCCUGGCGGCCAACGGUGUCAGGUUCGACGACAUCAGCCACAGCCAGGCCGUGGAGGUGCUGAAGGGCCAAACGCACAUCAUGUUGACUAUCAAGGAGACUGGCCGGUACCCUGCCUACAAAGAGAUGGUUUCUGAGUACUGCUGGCUGGACCGAUUGAGCAACGGGGCACUGCGGCAGCUGUCCCCCGCCUUGGAGAGCAGCUCGAGCGGCUCCUCCUAUGCCUCCAGCGCCCCCUGCAGCUCGGCCGAGGGCUCCCUGCCCUCCCAGCGCCUAGACGUCGGCCUGGGGCCUGAGGAGCCGUGCAGUCAGGGCCCAGGCUGGGGGCGGGCGGACACAGCCAUGCAGACGGAGCCGGACGUGGGCGGCCGCGUGGAGACCUGGUGCAGCGUGAGGCCCACCGUCAUCCUCAGGGACACAGCCAUCCGCUCCGACGGCCCCCGGCCUGCCCGCCGCCUGGAUUCUGUGCUCUCCGAGUCCCCUAAGACUGCUCUGCUGCUGGCCCUGAGCCGACCCCGGCCCCCCAUCACGAGGUCCCAGAGCCACCUGACCUUGUGGGAGGAGAAGAAGCAGCGGAAGAAGGAGAAGUUGGGGUCCUCCAGGGAAAAGGGGGCCCUGCAGCGCUCCAAGACACUGAUGAACCUCUUCUUCAAGGGCGGGCGGCAGGGGUGGCUGGCAGGGCACGGGCACAGAGAGGCCUGGACGCUGGACGGAGGGAGCCCAGCCAAGCCCUGCCCUCGCCUAGACGUGGAGAAAGGUAAGCACCGGCCAAUGAGACAGGGAGGAAGGAGGUACAGCCCACUUUGGCAUCCAGCGGCUCUGGGUUUAAAUCCCACACUGCCUUUUACUGGCUGGGAGGAACCACUUGCCCCCAUAAGCCUGUUUCCUCGUGAGUAAAGUGAGAGUAAUGAUACCUGUUUCUUUAGGAAUGGUGAGGAAUAAGGAGCCUGGGUGGGUGGCUCAGUUGGUUAAGCGACUGCCUUCGGCUCAGGUCAUGAUCCUGG